UUCAACAACAGAGCUUCCGGUGUAAACACAUCACUGUUUCAUCUAUCAUGGAGGCUGUCGUUGGUGAGGUUGUCGCUACAGAGGACUUAGAGAAAUUUGAGAAGAAAUACAAGGCAGAGUUGGCGAAGGGGUGUUUUUCUAAAGACACUCAGUUCGAGUAUGCAUGGUGUCUGAUUAGGAGCAAACACUCAGAGGACAUCAAGAAGGGAAUCGUGCUGCUCAAUGAGCUUAUUCACAAGGGCACCAAAGAUGACCAGCGGGAUUACCUGUUUUAUCUUGCUGUUGCAAACUACAAACUCAAGGAGUAUGAGAGAGGUCUGAAAUAUAUCAGGACUUUAUUGAAGAACGAACCUGGAAACGCUCAAGCUUUAGAUCUGGAAAAGCUCAUUCACAAAGCCAUGAAAAAAGAUGGACUUGUUGGGAUGGCAAUUGUUGGUGGAAUUGGUCUUGGUUUGGCUGGUUUGGCUGGAUUGGCUGGAUUGAUGGGUCUGGUUGGUUUAGCUGUGGCUAAGAAAUCUUAAGACAAUGAGCUGAGACACAUACUUCAUGAUGCCUUAUAAGUGAGGAUGUUAAGACCUGUUUUAGGUUUGGAAUGAAAGACCUGCAAGUCAGUCAUGAUGACACUGACAGAAAACCAAUUAACCAUCUGAUGCCUUACUAGUUUUUUAAGAAUUCCUCUAUAUAAGGCCAGUGCAUUUUAAACUAAAUCAGAACUCCCUCACACUUAAAGCAUAAUGACCAGAGCAGCACCUCUUCACAUCUCUGUUAGAGAGAAAGAGCUACAACAAUACAUGUUUUUCAGUUAACAUUAACAUUGAACUGUUUUAGCGUUUUUUAUUCAUUGUCCUUGCAAGUGUCCCCUCAUUGAGUAUGCUAAAAAGCAUCCAUGGAUCAGCACAUAUUCAUUAAACAAAAUUUUUAAGAUAUUGAUGUCUAUUAAGAUGAAAUGUUAUCGGUUUCAUUUGUAUUCAUCUAACGAACAGGUGUAUAUAACCUUAACACCAGAUAUUCACACUAAUGGUCAAAAGUUUUGAAACACUUAUUCUUUAUUAUAUAUUUUUAUAGUAAAGUCAUCUAAACUAUGGAGUAACAUAAUUGAACUAUAGCAAUUAUGUUGUGACUAAACAAAAUCCAAAAUAAAUCAAAACUUUAGUAUUUUAGCAUCUUCAAAGUGGUCACCCUUUGCCUAGAAUCUAAUAAUCAUAAUACUCUUGGCAUUUUCUCAAGCAACUUCUUGAGGUAUCACCCUGGGAUGCUUUUUAAACAGUAUUGAAGGAGUUCCCAUCUAUGUUGGGCACUUAUUGGCUGCUUUUCUCAUCAAUUUUAAAAAUGUAUUUUUUUAAAAUAAAAUUUUAGUUUUAUACUGAAAUAAAUGAAUAUAUUGGCACAAUUAUAUUUUUGUCUACAAAUCUCAUUUAAAACAUUUAAGCAUACGCCUUCAGAUCAAAAGAUUUUUAAGAUCAGAGAAACAUAUCAGUCAAAAGUUUUGACCGGUUGUGUGUAUAUAUAUAUAUAUAUAUAUAUAUAUAACUGGAUUUCUUUUACUUUCUAAGUUUAAGACCAUACCAAACGAAUGUCCUUGUAUACGUCUUCUUGUGCUUGUAUUUGAAGAGUUUUUAAAGCAGUUUAGAAAUGUAAUGUAAAAAACAAAAACAAGUAUACAGCUGUAACAAUGUAAAUUAAACCUUCCAAUGAUGCCUAGGCCAAAUCUUUUAGUUAAAAGCCUGACAUGUAUAGUUCAAAUAUGUGUAGCCAUAAUAAAAUGCAUGUUUUGUUCUUGCACUAAAUCAUAAAGACAAGAGUUUGUCUCAUGGUGUAUUCUGUACGAGGAGUAUCAGAUUUUGUUUGUGUUUAUGUCUUUAUAACAACAAUGCAUAUUGCCAAUUUUAAACACAAGCACCAAAUUAAACAAUUAAACCCCAUGCUCUACAUGUUUGAAUGUACUUCAUUUUCACUCUUGUCUUCACUCAAGUUUGAUGUAGGAAUAAAUGUAUAUGGAAAGUUGAUUUGAAUUCAAAUAAAAUGUAAGAUUAAAGAUAGAAAACUUAUGAAAAUGUGAGUAGUGCUUGCACAUGUGAGACUCGUUGUCACAAUGCUAAGAGCAAUGAUGUUUUGGGCCGUUGGCAGGACAUUGCAAUUCUUUUGCUAUGGUUUGUCCCAAAAUAUUUAUGAUAUUCUUAAAAACUAAGUUUAUUCUUAAACUUAAAAUAAUAUGAAACAUAAUCAAACAGAGACACACAUGCAGUGCGGAUCGGCUCUUCUUUAUCUUGCUCUCCCACUGAUCAGCUGAUUCAGCGCUGGCUGUGCACCAAAACGGCCUGGCCAUGCCCCCUCAUCACACUCUUUCCCCUGCCCGAUUCAGGCCAGGGCGCCACAGGACUGACUUACUACCCCCCAAACCCCUGUAAUUACUGUAAUUACUUUUUCAUAAAACAAGUAAAGGGAUUACUGUUAAAUUUUCAUUCAUUUAAUUACAAUUACUUCAGAUGUAAUUGUGUUAAAUAUUGUAUAGACUAUAAAACAAUUCUUUAUAAAACAAUUGUGAAUUUAACAUCGAAAUGUUAUGUCUAGUGUUAAAAUGUAUGUUUUCUAAUUUAAUGCAGCCCCCUUAAAUUCAUUGACCAGUUCAUGAAUAAUGCAUUUUAUUUUAUAUAAUUUAUUUGAAAGAAAUAAAAGAACAGUUUCAUGUC